AUGACGGCGCCGCAGUGGAGUGGAGACACCUUCAUUAGUUUCGAAUCAGCUGAAGUGACUACUACGAGAUAUAAAUACACUGACUCCAGUAAAUACAAAGACUAUAAAGGGAAAUUUAAGAGUACCAACAGAGAGAUCGCUGGUUCGACCGAUGGAGCAGAUUUAGAUGAGUUCAGCUUGGACGAUGCCGGCUACGACACCAUUGCCAACAAUGCCAUGCGAGUGCAGAAAAGACUGCACAACGAACAAAACGUGUUUAUCAUCCAACCAUACAUAAAGUGGGGACCGAAAAAGUCUUCCAGCAAAUCAGAACAUCAACUUGCGGAGGCGGAAGCGUUGGUUCGUUCGAUACCCAAAUGGACAGUAGAGUACGCCCUGAAAGUUCCGCUGGAAUCGCUACUUGAGUCAGGUAACACAGUAGAUAAAAAGCAUCUUUUUGGCGUUGGGAAACUGGAAGAAAUUAAAAUGUGUUUGCAAAACCUGCAAACUUCUGGAACGUUAAUCACUUGUGUAUUUGUCAGUAAGGGCACUUUGUAUCUGGUGCAAAAGCAAAUACUAGAAGAACAUUUUAAACUUCCCGUAAUGGACCGUUAUUCUGUAGUAAUACAGAUUCUGCGCUUGCAUGCCAUAAGCACUGAAGCUAAACUGCAGGUUGCAAUGGCCGAAAUUCCAUACAUUUGGAAUCAGAUGAAGGAUCAAGACUCUAUCAGUACUAAAAGUCGUAUUUAUCUUACCGAAUCACAAAGGCACAUGCUUAGCAUCCGCGAAAGAAAGCUGAAAAAUGAACUGGCAUCUAUUCGGUCGCAUCGCGAUUUGCUCCGCAAUAGACGCAAACAGAACGCCUAUCCAAUUGUUGCUGUCGUGGGCUACACCAAUGCCGGUAAAAUCUCUCUGAUUAAAGCCUUCACCGAGGAAAAAUCUCUCGAACCGCGGAAUCAGCUAUUUGCCACGUUGGGUGUAACGGCUCAUGCUGGCUGGCUUCCAUGCAAGCUGGAAGUACUCUUUAUGGACACCGUCGGUUUUAUGGCGGAUAUCCCGACGGGACUGAUCGAUGCUUGCCGAUGUCAUCGUCCAUGUACACUUAUUAUACGCGUUCCUAUGGGCGGCCAAGAGGUGGCUUGGAUAUACGAGAAUGCAGCUGUAACGGAAACGGCUGCCGAUCCUCGGGAUAGUCAGCGGCUGCUGGUCGGAGCGGUGAUUACCGAAGCCAAACUACAACAGUUUCGGCAUCUGUUUGUUUAG